AUGGCAACAAGCAUCGGAUCUAAAAUUAGUUCACUUAAAAUUCACCAAUCUGAAGUAUUAUUUACCUUAUCGAACAAAGGUGAACCACAAUUAAUAUAUGAAAAUGCCAUAUUCAAUUUUAAUAAAGAAAACAAUGAGACAAAAUACUGGUCAUGUGUUGAACGAGAAUGUGGUGUGUACUUACAUACAAGUUUAAUAGAUGAAUUUACACGUAUUAAUGGUACACAUACUCAUCCUGUAAAUCCAGAUCAAAUAGAAGUAAAACUUUUACGUGAUAAAAUGAAAGCACGGAUAUUAGGUGAAACUACAUCCAUAACUAGAAUCUAUGAUGAAGAAAUGGCAAAAGCGAAACUUUCUAAAGGUGCAACGGCUAUCAUGCCAACAAUUGUUGAAUUUCGAUCUAACAUGAGUAAAGCUCGACGGAAAAAAACACCUGUUAUACCAUUAUGGGAGGUGUUCAAUAUCCCAAAAUUUUAUCAAGAAACACUUCUAUCUGAACGAUUCUUAUUGAUAGAUGUGUUCCUGAAACGUGGAUUACCUGUUGCAUUUUGUUUGUUACCGAAUAAGCGUGGUACAACAUACACUGAUUUAUUCGAACGAUUAAAAGAUGAGGCGAUUCUUAUGGGAAAACAGUUUAAUCCUAAACUUAUAAUUACAGAUUAUGAACCUGGUUUAUUGCCUAUUGUCGGUCAGGAGUUUCCUGCUGCCAUACAUUCUGGAUGUAUGUUUCACUUUAAUCAAUCGAUUCAUAGGAAAAUUACAGAUUUGGGUUUGGCUCGCGACUAUUUGAAUAAUGAUACUAUUCGGGAUCAAUGCCUCCAACUAAUGGCAUUAAGUUUAAUGCCAAUUGAUGAAGUAGAAGAUCAAUUUAAACGUUUACAAACAAUCAUGACAAUAUCAUUAGAUAAUUUAGUAUUGUAUUUUAAAAAUCAAUGGGUGCAUGGUGUCGUGCCGAUUCAUAUGUGGAAUUUUCAUGAAGUCACCCACAGAACAAACAAUAUAUGUGAAGCAUAUAACCUUCGAUUUGCAACUCGGUUGUCCAAAAAGCAUCCAAAUAUUUGGAGUUUCAUUAAAUUGAUACAAGAUGAACAUGUUCGUUUCGAGCGUAUUUUACUACAACUUGCUGCUGGUGCAUCUGCACCACCACAAUCAAUAAAAACAAAAGCUUUUCAGGCGCGAUUUGAUACUCUAUGUAACAGAUUUUCCAAGAAGGAAAUUAACGCGAACGAGUUAUUGACAGGCUUCUCAUUGUUAAUUGGAAAGAAAAAAAAAUAA